AUGUUGUGUAAGCUGCUUGUGUGCCUUGCGCUGCUUCCCCAGGCUCUUAGCGCUCCCCUAAAGGACAGGGGAAGCAAGGCUCGGGUUAAAGUGCUUCUUAUCUCCUUCGACGGCUUCCGAUGGGACUACGACCAGGACGUGGACACCCCGAAUCUGGAUGCCAUGGCUAGAGAGGGGGUCAAGGCGAAAUACGCCACCCCGCCUUAUAUCACCAUCACCAGCCCAUCUCACUUCACACUGCUCACAGGGAAGUACAUUGAGAAUCAUGGAGUGAUCCACAACAUGUGGUUUAACACGACGACAGGAGAGAAAAAACCUUACUACCUCACACAGUUUGUCAAUGAAUGGUGGGACAAUGGCAGCUUGCCCAUCUGGGUAACAGCGCAAAGACAGGGUUUGAAGGCUGGAUCAGUCCACUUCCCUGGUACUGCUGCCACCUACCAAGGUGAGAAGGUUGGCAUGAGCGAGGUGGAGCCCCGGUUUUACAACUAUUCUAACGAGACAGUAUGGCGAGAGAAAAUUGACAUGGUGAUGGACUGGUUCACCCAACAGGAUCUUGAUUUUGUGACACUGUAUUUCGGAGAGCCCGACUUAUCUGGGCACAAACACGGGCCAGACUCCCAAAAGACACGGGACAUGGUGAGUCAGGUGGACCGCACUGUGGGCUACCUCCGGAGCCAAGCCCAGCAACAUGGGCUCGAGAACAGACUCAAUCUUAUCAUCACAGCAGAUCACGGCAUGAGCACCGUCCUCAGGAAGCCUGCAAUUAAAGAGAUCGUCCUGUCCCAGAUCUCUGGCUUCUCCUUCCAGGACAUCAAGUUCCAACUUAUUGACUAUGGUCCCACUGGAUUCCUCCUUCCAAAAGAAGGGCAGUUGGAGAAGGUCUACAAUGCUCUGAAGAAUGGACAUCCCAACCUGCAUGUUUACAAGAAGGAAGAAUUGCCCGCCAGAUUACAAUACACAAACAAUCCUCGGAUCCUUCCCAUUGUGAUGUUGGCGGAUCCAGGAUACGUCAUUAGUGGGUAUUUCCCAGUCCAAAAUAACAUGGGUGAGCAUGGGUUCGACAAUGAAGCCAUGGAUAUGAAAACCAUUUUUCGUGCAAUUGGCCCAGGCUUUAAGAAGAACCUAAUUGUGGAUCCUAUUGAGACGGUUGAGGUCUAUGCUCUGAUGUGCGAGCUGCUGAGAAUCAAGCCUGAACCCAAUGACGGCUCCAUUGAGCGCACCAGACACAUGCUGAACACACAAGGCAAUAAAGAGUCUGAAACCUAUUCCCUGGAGUCACAGGUCUUCAUUGGCCUUGUCAGUGUGGCUUGCUUUCUGUUUCUGAUAGGUGUGGUCUUCAUUGUUCAUACAGCACGACGCAGGAGAAAGGAGAGCAUGCGAGCCAAAGAACAAAUCCAUGAUGGAAGGGAAGCUAAGGAGGCAGCAACAAGUUUCUGA